AUGCAAGAUAUACUGUGGGGCAUGAAGGAAGAGGAUAAACUUCAUAUUGAGCAAAUUACUGGUUUCACUAGAGGGCAUAUGCCUUUUAGAUACUUGGGGAUCCCUCUACAAAGCAGAAAACUCUCAAAUAAUCACUGCAUGGAGAUAGCUGAUAGAAUAGGUGAGAAGAUGAAGCAUUGGAGUACAAAGCUCUUUAGUUUUGCUGGAAGACUGCAGUUACUGAAAAGUGUGGUAUUUGGAGUUGCAAGCUAUUGGAUGAGCUAUUUGCCUCUACCUAAAAUGGUAACAAAGAAGCUGGAGGCCAUGUGUAGAUCAUUCCUAUGGACAGGAAAAGAAGAAAUCACAAGGAAAUCUCCAGUUGCAUGGGACAGAGUGUGUGGCCCUAAGAGCAAUGGAGGGCUGGAUGUUAUAAACCUGGAAGUCUGGAACAAAGCCUGCCUCACUAAGCUUUUGUGGAAGCUGGCUAGCAAGGAGGAAUCCAUGUGGGUGCAGUGGGUUCACAGAUAUUAUAUAAAGAAUGAGGAUGUAAUGCAGGUGGAAAUCAAGGAAAAUGGAUCAUGCAUCCUUAGAAGCAUUUUCAAAAUGAGGCCUAAGGUGAUUCAGAUGGAGCAAUGGAAAAAGCUGAUUGAGCAAGGUGGUUUCAAAAUGAAAAAUAUGUACCUUGAAUUCCUGGAAAAACACCCGAAGGUUGAAUGGAGAGUUUUGAUGAGGAAAAACUAUGCACGACCAAGGGGAGUGUUCACAAUGUGGCUGGCAUGUAACAAGCGAUUAGCAACCAAAACUAGACUGCAGAAGUUUGGUGUGCAAACUGAUCUCAAGUGUAUUUUCUGUGACUGUCAUGAAACAAUACAACAUUUUUUGUUUGAAUGCAGGGAAACCAAUGAAAUUUGGGAGCAGGUGCUUAGAUGGCUCAACAUGAAGCAUAAGGUGCAGGGGUGGGAGCAAGAACUUAGUUGGCUGACCAAAGUAUGUAAAAGUAGAAAUUGGAGAAGCAACAUUGUUAAAGUGGCUAUUGCGGAGACGAUUUAUGAAAUCUGGAAAAAUCGAAAUGAUAGAGUGUUUCAGCAUCACUAUAAGGAGAACAACACUGCUCAAAAGAUUAUUGAGCUCAUUGUGAAUAGAAUAUGGAUAUACCCAAAAUAUAGGAAUAGAGUAGCUCAAAUGUUAGUUAAAUAA